AUGGGUGAAGACAAGAAGGGAGCCCGCGAUGGGCCUGCACCAGCGAAGCCAAGCUCAAGCAUUGUCCUGAUUUCACCACAAAACGAAGUGCUGCUGCUUAGACGAACAGCAACAUCAAGUGCCUUUCCAGACGCUUAUGUUUUCCCUGGCGGUAACUUGUCCAAAUUCCAUGAGCCGGGGACCACCACGGAAAUUGAAGGCGAUUGCCCCGAAUUCCGCAUGGCGGCCAUCCGCGAAACAUUUGAGGAAAGCGGAAUUCUCCUAGCGGCGGACGCCGCGAAUCAAACGCGGCUCCUCGACUUAUCAGAUACGGACAGGAAUCUCGGCCGAAAGAAGGUGCACAGCAACGAGAUCAAAUUUGACGACUGGCUGGCUUCCACCGGCGGCGUCCCAGAUACGGGCAACCUGUUCGCUUGCACCCGCUGGAUCACGCCCAAGCCCAUGGCCAGGCGCUUCAACACGCAAAUGUACAUCUAUUUGCUGCCGCUGGAGGCCAAGGCCAACUCGGUCAAGCACGUGCCGACCUCGGACGGCGGCCUCGAGCACACCGAAGCCAUCUUUGCCCCACCGCGCGAGUGGCUGAGGCGGGUCCGCCUGGGCGAGAUUGUUCUCUUCCCGCCGCAGAUCUACCUGCUGUCGCUGGUUGCCGACCACCUGCAGCCCGAUCCCGAUGCGGGGCCGAGGGAUCUGUCGGCGGCACGAGAGUCGCUUGUGUCCUACCUAAAAACUACUCCCGAGGACGGCGUGCCCUGGGCGGAAAAGGUCAUUACGCCAGAGGUCGCAGCACUCCCGGACGAUGUUGAUCCCGAGUCUGCGGUGGUUUGGAGGGGCAAGGUGCUACUCAGCCUGGCGAAGCCGAAAGGUGUCACGGAUAAGUUUGUAUUGGUGGAUUUCCAGAGGGGAGGGCCGAUGCAUGGAGAGGUGGCUACGCGAGAUGAGGUCCUCAAGCGUCCAUCGAUGAAGGAGAAGCUCUAG